AUGUCUUAUUACACAAAGAAUAAAACGUCAGAAUUUAUUGCUCAGUUGAGCAGACUUCAAUUCAUGUGUGGCCUAACUUACGUAUGGGUUGACAACAAUAAAUCGAGAUUUUUCGUUUACUUCAACAAAGUAGCCACAAUACUCCUAUAUUCUUUUAUUCUUUCCGAAAUCGCGUCACUCUUCACCCAAACACAUUUAUCUGAGAAGCAGGCGUCCGAUCAGAUUCUAUUUGUAAUUUCUCACCCUGUGCUCAUGUCAUAUUCACUGAGCUGCGUAUAUUACGGAGAAGACAUAAAGAAGCUCUUAUUCAAGCUCUCGGUCGAUCUUAAAGGGCGUUACAAUGAUCUAGAAAUCGAGAAUGAGAUGAUAAGAAAAGCUAAACUGUACUCAGUCUUAUAUGUGAUGACAUUAAGUGCUGCUUUAUUUUUUUAUGCGUUUGAUGCAGUAUCUCAAGUUAUUAGAACGGAUGGUACUUUUACAACAAUUAUAAUGGCUUGGCCUGACGUCAAAGAAAAGGGCUUUCUCCCUGACGUGGUCAGAGUAGGAGCCUAUCUCAUAUGGUGGAUUUUCAUGAUCAGAGCUUCUGCAGUUUACGUUUUCGUAAUUACCUUGACUAUUGUACUGAGCCAUCAGUACAAGAACUUACAAAGUUAUUUCUAUAAUCUCGAAGAGGUUUUUAUAACAAAUAAUGAGAACCGUGAUGAAAAAGAGAAGGAAUAUGAAAGUGGUUUGAAAAUUGGUAUUGCUUUACACGCCGAAACUAUGUGGUGUGUGAAAGAAUGCCAAAGAAUUUGUAGUUGGGUGUUCAGUGGCCAGAUUACUAUUAACAUAACUGUAUUUUGCAUGCUCAUGUUACAAAUGGUGAAUUCGGAGCGAACUUUGGUAAACGCUUUAGCGACACUGUCCACUAGUCUCUCCCUCCUUGUCAGCACUGGGUUCUUUAUGUGUAACGCUGGAGAUGUAACUGUUGAGGCAUCAAUUUUACCAACCGCAAUAUUCUUUUCGGGCUGGCAUCACUGUCGCGGUAAAUCCUCUAUACGCGUGAGGAAGCUGAUUACAUUUGCUAUUGCGCAAAGUCAGAAACCAAUCACGAUGCGCAGCUUCAAUGUUAUAGAACUGUCUUACAGAUCUUAUGUUUCGAUAGUGAAAUCAUCAUACUCCGUAUUUUCAAUCUUGUAUUGA